AUGCAGAUCCCGAGCAGCGGCCCCGCGGCCGCGUUCCGAUCCUCGCCGCGUACUGCGGCGGCCCCCGCGCCCUCUCGCAAGCCCCCCGCCGGCAAGUCGUUCACCAUCGACGCUCUGCUCGCGGAGCCGGACGACCGCCGCGCCGCCGCCGCCGCCGCCGCCGCCGCCGCGCUCCCUUCGCUCGGCGGCGGCCUGACGUACUACGCGCCGUACCCGUGCGGCUACUUCUGCUGCCCGCCCGUCGCCUACCGGGCGUCCUGCCGCGGCGCCUUUUACGCGCAAGCGGCGAUGCCCAAGGUCCACGCGUUCAAAGCCAAGGGCGGCAAGUCCAAGCGCAUGCGCACCAGCUUCACCAGCGAGCAGCUGGCGCGCCUGGAGAAGGAGUUCGCCCGCCAGCACUACAUGGUCGGCGCGGAGAGGUUCCUGCUCGCCUCCGCCCUGCGCCUCACCGAAGCGCAGGUGAAAGUUUGGUUCCAGAACCGGCGCAUCAAGUGGCGCAAGCAGAGUCUGGAGCAGCAGCAGGCCAAGCUGGCCCAGCUGGGCCUGGCCGCCGGCAGCCCCGCAUCUCGGGCCCGCGAAGACCGCCGCCGCCGAGAAGAGGGAGAAGAAGAAUUCUCAGACGCGGACGCGGACCACGACUCGGCCGAGGCCUGCUGA